GCCAGCGGGGCGCAUGCGCGCGCUUCUCUGUUGCUUGAAGAGCGGAGGGGAGAGGGGCCUUUUUCCUUUUGCUCCUCCUGGCGCGCGCGCGCGCGGGGAUGGGAGGCCCGCACGCAGUUUCUCCCCUUGAUGGAUCAUCAAGUGAAAGGCUCCAGGAACUUGCAAAACCAAAGGCGAUAAAAGAUGUGUGGAACCUUUCUCGUAGAUUAGUCUGGGGAAAUCAAGAGACGAUUUGGCCCCUCGCCACAUGUGCUCUGACAAGUCAACCAAGUUCAAGGAUUCUGGCUCUGGCAAAACCCAAGGCAAAAUUGGAUGGAGCUCUCCAGUGCAGGUCUCUCUUCGUGUACAGCUGUGGUCGGGAGUCUGAGAUCUGGCAUCGCCCCCCAAAUCUGUAUUCUAUAAUGCCCUCCAAACGAAUACUGCAGCUAGCAGAACCUAGACAGUGCUUAAGAGACAUCUAUCUGAAUCAAAGGUGAGACUCUCAAACUGCAAGCUGUGUCACUAGUGUGUUCCAGCUGGAUUUCAACACAGUAUGAAAGCCUUUAAGAAGCAACCCUUCAGAAAGGCUCACAUUCUAACAUGUCAUUUGGUGCUGCCCCUCACAAAUGAGGAUGUUGCCUACAGCAUGGUGUGGUUUCACAGUGCCCAAAGUUUAGAAAAGCAAACUUUUGAGGACUACUUCCUGAACUGAGCAUGGGGGAAAUCUUAGGAGUUGUAUUCCAAAUAGCCUUCCUAAACUCUUCACAAUAUAUCAGUAAUGUGUUUAUGAGGGAGAAGAGGGUAGGUACCAGUAAUGUGGCUCUCACACACAAAUCUCAGACUUUUUCCCAGACUUAAUUAAUUCUUCCACUUGGGAGCUGCACCACAGUAGUGGUUUCCUGUUCCAUUGUCCAGUGUGAAUGGAUUCAUUGAAGGACAUUAAUCCAUGACUAGAGAACUAGGUACCUUGGUCCAAAUUUAUUUCUGUCUAUCUCUAGUGACCCUUGCAAGAAUAUAGUCUUCACUGUAGGUAUUUUGCUCUCCUAUCACCUGCUCUCAACAACUUGUACACAAGCCAACAAUACUCAUCUUGAUAACUGUCUCUGAAGUGUGGAGGGCAUGUGCUACCAUUUCAUCUGACAGGCAUUACUGCAGCUCAAUAAUGUUUCAACUUGCAUAUCUUUCAGCAUAUGGUACUUUAUAUCAAUUAUGCCUCAUUCCAAAGUUGGUCUUUGUCUGUGACAUUCUUGGCUGUCUUCAAAUAAUUGUGCAACUGCUACUUGCUUUUGGAUGCUUAAAUUGACUGUUACAUCUCUGUAAAAGGUGGAAUUUGUAAACUUCUUACCUAUGAUGCACCUAUGCAGUCAUUCUUCUUUUGUCAAUAUUUAUUGUUUAUUUCAAUGAGAAUGCUGCAUUGCAUUUAAAAAAACCCCAUGAAAUCAGGUGGAAUGAUGGGUGGAUGGUUGUUCUUCAAAUCUUGCAGUUAAUAUUGACAUCCCAUUUUCAAAUUGUUCUCCCCUGAAGAUGGCCAUGUUUAUAAUUCCUGUUUGAAAU